AUGUGCUGCGCACUGCACAGAGUUUACAUGGGUUGGGUGCACGUUGGUAAAGAAAUCCCCAACCAAACUGUGCUGGCAUUGAGAGUAACUUGGGCGGUGGCUGGUGGGUGUUUGCCGCUUCGGUUCUGGGCCAACCUCAUGCCUGUUAUGGGUUUGGGCUCAGAGACUUUGUGUUAUGAUGGGCUUUUGCUUCUUUUCUUCUCCUUUUUUUUUGGGUGGGAGGAGGAGAAGCCAUAUAUUGCAGUAGACGACAUGAGUACGAAAGAGGUGCGUAUUAAGAUAUUACAAAAUUGA